GCCGUUGUGACCGGCCCAAAAUCACCGGCACCCGUCGUUUUCAUGUUGUAUUCAAGGCCGAGGAAUUAUGGGUAUACCCCGGAGACCAAAGCCGGCAUCCCCACAAAGUGCCGCGGCGACCCUUGGAAUGGAGCGGUGGACUCGGCGCAAGAGACUAGCCGAACCCCCAGAGAAUCAUCUGGGGGAUUCCCCUCACAUGGGGUGCCUCGGCUCCGCACCGAGACUCUGGCGUACUGAAGUUCUGGAGAAGGAAGAAGGGCAGCUCCGCACGGCCACGGUCCCCGCCAGAGAGCUCCUCGUCCCGAGGUACAAUCUCGCCCAGGUCUCAGAGCGUUGUUGGGGAAAGCUAAGCUGAACCCCCGAAGCUGAACUUCAAACCAGUCAAUCCCUUCUCCAAGCUCCGAAGUUUCGUCAUUUUCUUUUUUGGGGCAGGCAGAAUUUAUCUCAAAAACCGUUCAAACAUCUCUCGUCACGUCGUAUUCCGUGAUUUCGUCAAUCCACCCAGAUCGACGUUCCUUGUUCUCUUGUUGUCGUCGUUCGGCAACCCCACCACUUGCUAUGUCCAAACUUUUGUUCGACGAUGUCAUGGCACUGGCCCUGCUGCCAACAACAUCGAAUCACACGACAACGACAGGUGGCAUCGUCAAGCGUUACAUGAGUCUCUACCCAGCUUGGGUACCAGGGUCAGAACUUGUUGGCGGCAGAGGCCGCGGGUCCAAGGCAGAUCCUCGUGCUGCAUACGGAGGGCAUGUUUACUGUCAGGCGCCGCUAGCUGCAAGCCGAGCCGUGAAAGAAGAGGAACCUGAAGGAUCCGGAACGCAGUCCGGGGGUUUCGGGCUUCACGCCAUUCAAGGAGUCUUCUCGGCUGCCGCCAAGUCAGACAGGCCAUUCAUAUAUGAGGUCACUGUUCUAUCGACUAGCCGGACAUUCUGCUCCCGCCUGGUGACUGUGCGCCAACCAAAAGAGACGAGCAAACGCGGCCACUAUGAAGACAACUUCUUACUCGAGGAUGCCGAGGGGCCUUUGGGUGAUAUCUGUUUCAGCUGCAUAUGCACCUUCAAACGGCCAGAGGAAGCCAGAAUCGUUUCUCAAGAAGAGCCACCGCAGAAACGCUUUGCCGAAAUUCUGUCCACCAAGUCACCACAGGAUUGGCCGUUCGCACCGGCGGUCGACGUGGAAGAAAUCAAAGCCAUGUUUCCGGAUGUUGGCCAGACGACGUUUCCCAUCGUCGACAUGCGCAAAGUCGACCUGACGGCUUACAAUGAGGGAAAGCCGGUUUCGGAAAGGAAGGAGCUUCUCUUAUAUCGACUUAAAGGCCCUCUUCCAGCGGACGAUCCCAAUUCGCAUGUGGCCGUUCAUGCGUUCGAGUCUGAUCGCAACGGAUUAUUGAUGAUAGGCAACCAUGUUGGUCUCGGAUGGAGUCUAGGCACCGCGGCCAGCUUAACGUACAAGUUUAUCGUUCAUGUCAAUGUCGACCAAGCCGUGAUGAAAGACGAUGGCUGGUGGAUUCAGGAGGCAUCGUUUCCCCGGACCGGCCAGGGUCGAGGGGCAUUGGUCUGUAAGAUGUGGAGUCCUGAAGGCAUACAUGUCGCCACCGGAUAUCAAGACGGCAUACUUCGAGAGCGAAGAACAGAUGGUGAUAAAAUAAGCCAGAAGCUAUAA